UAAUAUUAUAUUUUUGUUUCAGGGAUAUGACACUUCGCAGACUGCCAUGUCUUUGACUUUAUACUGCCUCUCACACCACCCUGAGAUACAGGAGAGAGUGUACCAAGAAAUUAGGCAGAUAUUUGGUGAAAGUGACCGGGACGCCACCUACCAGGAUCUGCAGGAAAUGAGGUACCUUGAGAACGUUAUCAAGGAGUCCUUGAGAAUGUACCCCCUGACGGGAUUCAUAGCUCGUGUAUGUUGUGAGGAAAUAACGUUAAAAAGUGGAUACGUAAUACCUAAAAACACUAGUGUAGUAAUUCUGAUGGAGGCGAUAUGCCAUGACCCUCAGGUCUAUCCUGAUCCUUACACAUUCGACCCAAACAGAUGGGAGAAGAAGAGCUCCCACUAUUCCUACUUACACUUUGGAGCCGGCAUAAGGAACUGCAUAGGUCAAAGAUUUGCUAUGCUGGAAAUGAAGUCUGUGCUAUCCAGAGUCCUCAGAAACUACCGAUUCCUACCAUCUGACAUUCCUUUGGAUUUAAAAUACUACAUAGUCGUGAAGUCUGUCUCUGGUGUCAACAUUCGUAUAGAACCUCGCGACACCAAAGUAUAAAGCGGUCUUUUUUGAACCGCGUAAUUUCGAAAUGAAACAUGCAAUGAGGUUAUAAACUAUCCUGAAAUAUAAAGGAUGGAUACGUGUAAGUAACUUAGGAUUUAUAACAGUGCGAGUCUGUAUGGUAUUGCAGUGUUGUUUGGCACUUAACAACGGACAAUGGUUAAUAUUACGCAACGGACGGGUUGUGUAAUCAUUGGUUUCCA